AUGGCCCUCAACUCUAGAUCAUGGCAGCUCCCAGCCCUAUACCCUCCUUACAAACCUCCAACAUGGCUGGUGGUGUUUCUGUGUCCUAUGGAGGACGCCGAGCGGCGUACCAUCAUGACCAGACUGAUCACCGUUGACCCCGACUGGCCCGACCGACCACAAGCUGAGAUGCGGCGGCUCGUCGAAGUGCCCUGGCUGCUCCAUGGCACUCCUCCGCCCUCGGCCAUAUUCAAGAUCCACCAAAUUAUGACGUCCGUUGACUCGGUGAUCUUUGUUGACAGCCAGUCGCGCCGCGAUGAUUCGGCCAUUAUUCUCUGCGAGGGCCAGCCUCCCACUGUCGCGCGUGUGCCUAUGAACCGCGCUAAUGUGCUGCUCAGCGCUGCUGCUAAGGGCGAAUGGUCUCUGUCGGCGGACUAUCCUCAGGUCUUGCCGGAGAGUCCUCCACGCCCGAGUCUCCUGAAUCCCAGCCGCGGCAUACUUCCUGCGCAUCUCGCAGAUCUGCAUCUAUCACCAUCUACUAUCACACUGGUCUCACUAGUGCAUCUUUCUGACACCGCACAAGAGGAAAUUCAGUCCUCGAUUGAGCGCGACGUGACUAUCCGUAACUGGCCAGAACACGAACCAUGCUCUCGUGCCCAGCUCUACCCAAUCUUCCACGCGAUCAAAGUCUGUCACGAUGAAACCGACGAUGCAUACGCCCUGCUCAUUGACCAUGAUUUCAACGGCAACCCUACCAUCCUGGCAGCCGGGCUCGGCGGCCCGCACUGGGCAAGCCCGGAACUCGACAUGUUGGAGCUGCAUCGCCUGGCGAUGUCGGACGUCGCCCAAUUCUGGACCGUAGUCUGGACCCCGUUCGCGCAUCACCCAAAGCCAGAAAUGAUGAACGGGCUCCGGACCAACCCGUCGAUCCGGGACACGGGCUGUGGGACUGGUGGGCCAACCGAGCUGGUUGCCAACCCUGACAACAUCCCGAACAGCUGGACCGGUCUACCGGUCUUUAUUUUAGAUACUAUGACCGAGACUGAACGUCGCAUUAUCCGGGAAGAGCUACUGGGUACUCCGGACGGAGUCAUGUGGACCGACGUGUCGGACCAGCUGGAGUCGCCGGACAUGCAUGGCCUGCUGGCGUAUUUCGAGGCGACUUUUGAUAAUGCCCGGGGACCGCCAGCCCAUUUUCUGGCGGUGGACCGUAAGUCUCUCGAGAUUGCGCUAACACCGGCGGAUGAACGCGACGAGAGCGAGGCCAUGAUCAUUGCGUCGGAUGGGGGCUGCUCGGCCUGGUUCCGAGACGACACAGAUCAGAUGCUCGGUUUGCUUCACAUGGGGUAUGGAUAUAGACGCAUGGAAGGCGAGGAGGCUGAGAGCGGGUGGAUUAAUCUGGAUGUGGGCAAUUUGUUCUUCGAAGACGUCUUUGAGGCGGAUUCGGUAACUCCUGAUAUUGUGUAUUGGAGCUGGAUUAACCUGAGCAAAGAUGAUAUGGAUGACCUCCGCGAGGGAAGAAAGCGCGUUGCUGCGGCUUACUACCCAGAGAGAGGGCUGGUCACUCUCUGA